AUGGAAUCAACUUCUCAACCUCCUGGUCCGACUAUGCCAACACCUCCAGCUCAACUAGUUCAUCAAAAGAUAACUCGUGGUCAUUCUUGCAUUCUCUGUCAACAGAGAAAAGUACGUUGCGACCGGCAAAAACCUCAAUGUUCAAAUUGCGUCAAAGCACAUGCUGAAUGUAUCCCAAGUACGCCUGCUGCUCCACGUCGAAGGCGACGGAAGCUUAGCGAAUUGGAUGUUGCAGCAAGAUUAAGGAAAUAUGAACAUUUAUUGAGAGUUAAUGGAAUUCGAAUCGAGGACGAUGGUGUUACUGGUGGUGUUGGAAGUGCAAAUGCAAGUGGCACUGAAGACGGAAAUGCUGAUGAAUUAAUUUCAAGUCGCCAAGAACAGACGCCCAAUCCUAAUCCACAAAACCUUUCAAUAACCAAUAAAGGUAAAGAUCCAGUUACUGCUACAGCAACCGGGACCGAAAAUGAUGAUAAUCAAAAUGGUCCACAUAAACAUCGAUGUAAUCACAAUUCCCAUGAAUUACAUGGGCGUCAUUCUAUGGGCUGUGCUCGUGGUUCUAAAGCUGGAAGAGGUCGAUUGUACUCUAAACAUGGCAACUCUCGUUACAUAGAAAAUACUGUCUGGGAGAAUCUCAGCAAUGAAUUACAAGACCCAAAAGAAGCAUUUCAAGUCUCAUCGGAAGAAGAUGAUAGCAAUGACAAUGCUCUCUUUCCCGAGGAAUCAACAAUUCUUCUUGGAAACUUGAUUAGCUCAAAAAGAAAUCUCAGAAGCCUUCAUCCACAACCUGUUAUGGCAAAUUUUUUGACUAAUGUAAAUCCAUUGGUCAAACUGUUCCAUGCUCCUACAGUCCAAGAGAUGAUUUUGGAAGCCACAUCAGAUAUGGAUCAUAUUCCGAAACCUACAGAAGCCUUAAUGUUCGUUAUAUACCUCCUAUCCAUUGGCUCCCUCAAAGACGAUGAAUGUGAAAGUACAUUCAAUGAACCAAGAUCAAUACUUUUAACGAGAUAUUCUCAUGCCACCCAACAAGCUCUCAUCAACGUCAAAUAUAUCAAAUCUCUCAAUUUGACUGCUUUGCAGGCUUAUUGUUUAUUUCUUCUUGCAGCUCGCAAGCAUUAUGAUGCUCAUGCCUUUUGGAUUUUGACAGGUUCUGCCGUUCGAAUUGGUCAAAGAUUGGGUAUCCAUCGUGAUGGAUCGUCUCAUAAUUUAUCUCCUUUCGACACGGAAAUGAGAAGAAGAGUUUGGUGGCAGAUUGUUUUCCUUGAUGGUUUCGCUGCGAAAUUGUGUGGAGCUGGAUUUCCCGCCUGGCUCGCAAAAUUCGAUACGAAAUUACCACUGAAUUUUCACAAGCUAUACGAAAAGCUAAUAGCUUUGGUAAUGGGGACGUGGUCAUGGCCAUGGCCAUGGGGAGGUGGUCGUGGUGGACAUAGAGGUGGCGGCCAUCACGGUGGUGGUCCUUCAGAUAUUCCUCCUGGUUCAAAUGUCAUUGCCGAAAAGGAUAAAACUAUUGAUGAACUGGAGGCAAGACUCCAGGAGAAGUAUUUACAAUACUGUGACCCGUCGAUACCCUUACAUUUAUUGUCGAUUUAUGUUGCGAAAGCUGUCAUUUGUACGAUGAGACUAAUGGCUCAUCAUCCAAGACAAUAUCCUGAUAAAGGUGCGAGUAUGCCACAGAAGGAAAGAGAUAUGCUUUUCAAUGAAUCAUUGAAGAUGCUUGAAUAUGAUGGUCUAGGCCAUUCAGAAAAGCUUGUCCAAAGGUAUCUGUGGCAUAUUCAUGUGCAUUUUCAAUUGGAUGCAUUUAUAUACUUGCUCAGCGAACUUCGACGUAGGGAAAGGGGAGAAUUAGUUGACAAAGCAUGGCAACAAGUCGAACUUGCAUAUGAGUUCCGUGCAGAAAUGCUUAAUGAUACUAAAAGUAGUUUAUACUUUGCCUUGGGUAAUUUGGUACUCAAAGCUUGGGAGAAAAGAGAAGAAGGUUGCCGUUCACCAGAUCAAGUUACCCCGCCAAGAUUUAUAUCAAUCCUGAGAUCUCAAAGACAAAAGCACGACCAAAUUCAAAGACCUAUAGAGCAACAUGAUGAUAUUUCGGAUCCAUUUAGAACGGUCAAUCACUGGCAAAUGCCAGCUACAGCCGAAUCUUAUGUUAGACAAAAGCCACCUGAUUACAUACCACCACCACAACCAUCGCAACCAGGACCUUCAAUGCAAAUGCCAAUGCAAAUGCCUCAAGAACAACCAUGGCUCGCUUCAGAUUCAUUCCUAGAUACUUCAAUGCCUGAUAUUACUCCUAUGGAUUGGGAAUAUUGGCAAACAUUAUUGGACGGCGAUCUUCCCGCUUAUACUGGUCAACCUGGUAAUAACUAUGAUCAAAACUGGUAG